AUGUUUCAGCCAUUAAAGGAUAUGAUGAUGGAUAUGUGGUCUGGUGACAGCCGAAAGAAGGAGUACGGUUCUUUAGAGGAAUGGAAGCAAAUUAAACAAAAUGACAGGAUAGGAAGACCGCGAAGAGCUACAGGGCGUUAUAAAGUAACAAAACAUUCUGCAGUACACAAAAGUGUAUUACCCAUACAGCAAAAUAGGAGGGAUGGGGUAUUUCUAAAGCAACAGAGGCAGAGGCAGGAGCAGGAGGAGCAGCGGGAUCAGCAACAACAACAAAAUGAUGAGUCUCCAACGUGGUGGGAGCGGCUAACUUCAGUGUUUAGUUCAGAGCAAAGGGAUCUCUAUGACAUGAAAAAUGCGUUUACCAAUUAUAGAUUACCUUUUACAAACGAACAUGAAAGCAGAAGGAGACGGGCUACUAAUUCGCAGCGUAUUGCUAGAAGUGAGACACUUAAAAAACGGAUGAUGGAGAAGAUAUAUGACGACAAAAUGCUUCAACAAUUGCGGGAAACAGGAAAUCCUAACAAGCGAGCCGAGAGACUUCUGGGGCUCAAUCUAUCUAAUUCAGAGUCCGAUCAAGUAGUCUUACUUCAGAAUAGGCUACGCAAGCUCGAACAACAAUUGUUUGACACUCAAAAAGAAUUGGAGAUCGCCAAUAAGAAGCUCACUUUCGCACAGGAGAAGACAAAACUCUUCGAAUCACUGCUGGACGAAGCGAACGUCGACAACGAGUAUGUCAAGUCUCGCAGGCGCAUAAGUAACCUAAGAACCACUGCAGAACCGCAGCUGCGCUCUUUGUCUCCUUCUCCAAAACGUCCAUACCCACUGAAUCCACUCUUUACUUCCAGUCCUAUGCGCGCCCAUAACGCAGAUAGUCCAGGCAAACACCCUAACGAUAUACAUGACUUUUACGCAAAAUAUCCAAGCCUCCCCAAAACAGAGGUCCUAAACAACAAGGGCUCCGCUCCCGACCAGAUCAGCAACAGUUCUGAGUCGUUAUCCCCCGUCAGAAUCGAUUACAACAAGUACUCAUCUCCUCGUUUAAAAUGA